ACGUACAGCACUUGAUAUGUUUUCAUUAUUGACUUAAUCGGUUAUAUAUUGUUGAGAGAAGGAUUUCACUUAUAAAAUGUUAUAUUGCUUGUGCUGGACUUGUCGAUGACUAGAAUUUGUAAAAUGUCAUUUUGUCCCAAACACAUUUUGGUUUGGAAGGAUUUGAGUACUCUGUGCAGUAAUUGAGGUUCAGAUACUGGCGUCUUCAUAUUUCCUCUGAUCUGAGGCAACUGACAUUUUGUUAACGUUAAGAUUGUAACCAAGUGACACAGGUAGUGGCGGCCAUGCAGAAAAUUCCACUGGACGAGCUGCAGGUGACGGAGCGGGAUGGGUGCACAGGGAGGGAGCGCACACUGUCAGCACUGCACCCUGAGAGGAUGGAGGAGCGCUGCUUUGUGACGUACAGACCUCCAACACCAGAGGGCUCCCCAGCACAGGUGGAGGAGUACCUGGAGCAGGCCCAGUUCAUUGCAGAAGACUUGGACUGGCUGCUGGCUCUUCCACACGAUAAAUUCUGGUGCCAGGUGGUGUUCGAUGUGUCUCUGCAGCAAUGCUUGGACUCAUACCUGCGACUGGCCCCCAGGGGACUGGACUGUAACCUGGCCACAUCACCCAGGGUCAACGACAUGCAGAGGCACCUCCAUCGCAGUGUCUUCAUGACGUUUCUCAGGAUGGCUACUCACAAGGAGUCCAGGGAACAUUUCAUCUCUCCUGCUGUAUUUGGAGAGAUUAUUUACAAUAACUUCCUGUUCGACAUCCCCAAGAUCCUGGACCUGUGUAUGCUGUUUGGAAAAGGCAAUGGAAUGCUUCUGCACAAAAUGAUUGAAAACAUCUUCACUCAGCAGCCUGGUUACUACAGCGACCUUGAUGAGACUAUGCCCACAAUACUACAGGUGCUGGACACUAUCCUGCAGAAGUGUGGGCUGCAGACAGAGGGAGCCUCCUAUGGGCAGCCCCUGAAGCUGGGGGCACAGAGUGCUCCUGGACCAAUUGACAUGAGUGUGAAGGACUUUGUAGAUCUGGUGCUGUACUUGUGUGAUACCUGUACCACUCUCUACUCCUUCCUGGACAUCUUCCCACCUGCCAGCACCACCUUCCAAAAACACAGCUUCCUCCUCCGGCUGGCUUCUUUUUAUGAGCUUUGUGUUCCUGAGCUUGAGAAUGCAGUGAGGAAGAGAAAGUUUGAAGAGAAAAGCCUGCAGGAGGACCUGUGGAGGAGGCUCUCUCAUUCACGCAGGAAGAUGGUUGAAAUUGGCCACCUCCUGAUCAACCACACGUGUCUGCAGCCCAUUCUGGAGAACAGCAGCUCAGAGAAUAUCCAAGUGUUUGUUGAAGAUUUCCUGCAGGUCUUUACAGCUCUCCUUCAAGAAAAGAGAUUCCUUGCGGACUAUGAUGAGCAGUUUCCUGUAGCGGAUGAUGUCAGCUUGUUACAGCAGGCUUCCCCACUCCUAGAUGAAACCAGGGCCUCGUACAUCCUGCAGGGGAUUGACUGUGCCUGGGAGAGCCUGGGGAGGAAGAAGCACAGCCUGCCUCCUGUCCGCUCAACCCCGGCUCCAGAGCUGAGCAGCGAAGCGCGCUCGGAGAGAGAGGGGCCUGAGGGAGCCACGGGUGGGACUGGAGCCCAGCAGGAAUCCUACAGCGAGGAUUACGAUGCGGGGGCCCCAGGGUGUACGCUGAGCGCUGGGGAACUGGAAUCCCUGGUGUUCCAGGUACGAGACCUGCUUCCUGAUCUGGGGGAGGGCUUCAUCCUGGCCUGCCUGCAGGAGUACGGCAACAACUCGGAGCGCGUUAUCAACAACAUCCUGGAGGGCAAGCUGUCCCCCAGGCUGGAGAGGCUGGACCACAGCCUGCCCAGACCUGUGAAGGAGCAGCUGCCGGAAGUCCUGAAGUCCAGAUCCAACGUGUUUGACGAUGACGAGUUUGACGUGUUCACACGGGAUGUCCUGGACACAUCACGCAUCUGGAAGGGCAGGAGGCAGGGGGAGAGCGCCCGUGCCCUGGUGAAUAACAAGCAGCACAUUGAGGAGCAGAGGGGCCGCUAUCGAGCCUAUGAGGUGGUGAUGGAGGAAGUGCCAGUGGGGGAGGGGGAGGAGGGCGGAGCUGCGUUCUAUAGUGAAGACUACGAUGAUGAGUAUGAUGACACUUACGAUGGCGGCCAGGUGGGAGCAAACGACCUGGAUGAGGGCAGCGAGCUGCUGGCUCGGAGGCCUUUCACCACCCCGCGGGUUCUGCGUGACGGGAGGGAAGAGGAGGAGCUGAAGGAAGAGAGGGAAUAUGAAGAGGAGGAAGAGGAGAAGGACAAUGCAGUUACGAGGGACCAGUUUGUUCAGGACCCUGCAGUGCUGAGGGAGCGCGCUGAGGCAAGGAGAGCCGCCAACUACAACAGGAGAGGAUUCAAAGCCGACAUGGCAGGAAGUGCUGUGGGUGCAGCAAAAGGGCGGGGCCAGAGCAAGGAGACCGUGCAGGAGCGCCGCAAGAAGGAGGCCAACAAAAGCAGCCGGGCCAAUCAUAACCGCCGGGCUAUGGCAGACAGGAAGAGGAACAAGGGCAUGAUCCCAUCAUGAGGGCUGUUACAGGAUGGGCCCUGCUGGAACCUGCAUCUCCUCCACACAGCGCAGACAUGCUAGCAGCUCUACAUCGCGAGAGCAGUGGCAGUAAAAUGCAGAGGGGUUCCAGCUGAGAUGAACUCUGAGCAGCUUGAGUUGUCACAGCCACGUUCUUUAUUGAUUUUGGGGUUUUAUGUGUUUUGUGUAGGUGGCAGCUUGGACUAGUGGUUAAUGCUGAGGACAAUGUGCUCUAAUGGUUAGAAAUGAAAGAUUUGAGAAAACAUAGUCUGAAGCGACAGAGCUGUGGACUAGAUGGCAGUGGCUUACUAGUUAAACUGGCCUGUUGGAAAUCCCAGUGCAACCAGUCUCCAACCGCAUGACUCCAUACUAGAGACCGGGCUUUCACACGAAAAUUUAAACUGUUUCAUUUCAAUGAGAAUAAGGCCAGAUUUUGGAUGUAACAAAAUGAAAACAAUAUAUUUUUCAAGUAAGAAAUGCAUUUAUUUACGAGUGGUGUAAACAGUCCCAUUGUCCAUCACUUAAUAUUACACAAUAAAUGUUGCAGAGGUGUCUGGCUGGGGUCCAACCUGAGAAUAUGUUCCUGAUUCUAUUUCUUUGGAGGGGUUUAGACAGGAUCGACAGACUGGAAGCAGGGUGCCUGGGUAAGCGUUCUUCACACGCUCCCUGUAACCUAAACACAGCAACACAGCAGCCAGACGUGAUCUUUUAAUAAGCAUCUGUAUAGAUGUCAUAAAGUGCUGACGAUUAUUAAAGCUGCAAUGACACAACAAUGCAAAAUUUUACACUUAAAUAUGGUGUGUGCUUACUAUGUUGUUUUAUCAGAAAUCAAACAUGGUUGAUAAUCCAGUUAGUUGACAUUUUUCAAAGACAGUCUUCAGCUGUAAGGACACAAUCUUCCUUCAUUUUAAAACCUGCUUCCCACAACGUGAGGAACAAAAACACCUGCUGCUGCUGUACUUGCAGAAGAUUUUUGUAAGACUGAAAUGUGAUUGGAAACUCACAGGGUUGUUGUAAGGUGUUAGGCUUCCACAAUAUGUAAAAACUAUUUCAUGCACUAGAAAUCUGUUCAUUACAAUUUAAUUGGAUUCUGUAAAGCACUCUGCUUCCCAGUGUGACACUACAAUAAGAAACAUAACAUGCUCUAGAGCAUUGUCACGAUGGGAGGUAUAAUGGUGUUCUUUCUCAGAAAUAUUUUGGCUUCUUACCAAUUGAGUUUUCAGUCAUACAGUUCCAUGCAGUUACAGUUUAGUGGUCAGAGUAUAAGGUCCAGGACUAAAAGUUAUGGUUUCAGACCAAAGAAAAACAUUCCAUAAUGCUUGCUAUACUGGUAAGUC